UGCAAGUAGAGCUGACAACCCUGCCCGGGCGCAAAUGCGGAGCUAAACAAAAACCGAAAAACGCAUAAAUCGGCUAGAAAACCCAGGGGAUUGCGAGUAAACCAUGGACACGGAGGAAGGGAAGCGUGGUCGUGGACGUGGGCGUGGCACCAGAGCCCGCGGGAGAGGUCGAGGACGGGGACGCGGUCGUGGCAAGAAAAUCGACGACACCAGUAUCGCCGAUUCAGCCCUGCUUGUGAGCAGUGGUGCCACCCUGGAGGACAGUCCCGUCCGGCUGGAGCAAUCCGAGGAUUCGGUGAUGCAGGAUCUGGACAAGGAGGCCGAAGUGGAGGCGGUACCCCCACUGGAAGAGCCGCCACAAGGAGCACAGGGUACGAUCGCCAACACCGAGGAGAUGACGCCACCAACGCCACAGCCACAGGUCCUGCAGCAGGUGCCACCGCCUGUCCUCAGCCAAACAAUUGACAUGGAGGCGGACAUAUCACAGCUGGAGGCGCCCACCUUCACCACAUUGUCACGCGGUCCUCCGGAGCCAAUGCUGCGCCUGAAGUGGAGCCACAAGGUGAGCCUGAUCGGCGAAAAGGUGCUCAAUCCAAUGAUCCACUGCUGCGAUCAGUGCGACAAGCCGAUCCUUGUCUACGGCCGAAUGAUACCCUGCAAGCAUGUCUUCUGCCUCAAGUGCGCCCGCUCGGAGCCCAUCAAAAGCUGUCCUCGGUGCACGGACAAGGUGCUCCGCGUGGAGCAGAGCGGCUUGGGCACCGUGUUCAUGUGCACCCACGGCGGCAGUCGGUACGGAAGCUCGGGCUGCCGGCGUACCUACCUUUCGCAGAGGGACCUGCAGGCGCACAUCAAUCACAGACAUGUGCAGCCACUGCCACAGCUGGCGUCCAUGGCGGAGCAGCCCAAGAUGUCGGAUCUGGGCGGCGUCGCUCUGGGCCUGGAGUUGCACAAGCAGCGCAAGCUCUCCGAGUCGUCUGUCCCCGUAUCCGUCAUCUCCUCCUCUGCCUCUGCCUCUGCCUCCGUCUCCGUCUCUGCCUCCAUUGCCCGUCCCCUGUCCCGACCAUUGGCAGCGGUCGGAGGUGGCAUCGGUAGCAUACCGCCACCAGGAUCCGCCGGAUCCGUCCAAAACGCCAUCCAUGGCCACUCCACGCUCACGCAGGCCAAUUUGGCCAGGAUCAACAAUGCCAACGCGCAGGACUGCCACCAGGGCAAGGCCUCGCUGCACCACAGCCUCAAGAAGGGUCCGCCCCAUCAGUCCGAGUCGGUGGCCGAUGCCUCCUACUACAGCAGUGUGCUCGCCUCCUUCGGCAGUGCGGCUGGAGGAUCGGGGUCUCCGGUUGUGGCGACCACCGGACCGCCGGCUGGUCCAAAUUCCACCGGCAUUGGACCAGGCUCCCAGGUCGGUUCCGGCUCCGUCGAGACCUCAGUGGGUGGCUCGAGUGGCAACUGGCAGCAAUCGCAAUACUACAGAUAAGGGGCGGACCAGGGGGCAAUCCGAAAAUGCACACGCAAGUCUACAAGGGCAGCUGAUUUUUACGCAGGCACGGCUUUUAAUUAAGUGAACUAGAUGUAUGUUAAGAAGGAAAUUAUUAAAAUACUUUACGGGGUUAGACAAACCCGAGAAAUGUAAACAUCAGCUUUUACUUUAUCUUAAUUCCUUGACAGGAUAUAUUAAUAAAGAAUUGACAAGUGA